UGGCGCAAUGUGUUUGGUACACACCCCGUACUACCACUUGUGUGGCCAUUAUGGCCCCCGAGUAGUCGCACCUAAUGGCCGAUGUGCCCGCGCAGAGCGCACGCCAGGAGCAUGUUGGGAGCCACAGGAUAUUGGCAUCAGGCCUUUGGAAGCAAUGUGCACCGGUUGCGAGCGCAUCACAAAGACUGCAGAAAUCCAUCAACACGACACUUCCACACUCGGCCCUGUUGAUGUCGGCAAGUUCAACCAGCUGGUAAAGCUACACAAGCAAACCGCGAGCGAAGCAAGCACCUAUUCUCCAAUCACAUCCACCGCAACUCUACCACCUCCAACCGAUCAGGAUUCACGCAGACCCAGCAUAGCCAGUGAGACCUCUAUCACCUCUACCGCAGCCAGUACAAUGUCUACCGGCGGGCGUCCACCAAUCUACAGCAUUUCGGCUUGGACAAAGGUUGAGGAAUGGACCAAGCAGAACACGAAAAAUCACCAGAUUGGA